CGAGGUGCGAAAGCAAGUCGCAUGGUCAUCUCGUGUGAGUGUUUUUCAUUGAGUUUUACUGCUCAAAAGUGGUUGGCCGUCAAGGAUUCCUCAGCAACUGCUAGAUUUUACAGACAUCCUCUGGGUAAAUUACGUCACGAAAUAUAGGAGAGGGGAUGGCCAAUUUGUUCAUGAAACAGGCGGUGCAAUAUGCAAGAGGCCGUCCUACAUACCCGGCAGAAUUAUUCCGUUUUAUUGCCGAAAAGACUCCGGAGCGUAAGCUUGCUUGGGAUGUCGGGACGGGCAAUGGACAAGCUGCCCGGUCGUUGGCUGAGCACUACGAGCAAAUCGUAGCCACGGACACGAGUUCAAAGCAGCUGGAACUAGCGCCGAAAAUUCCGAACGUCCGCUACGAACAGACCUCCCCAAAUAUGUCCAAAGACGAGCUUUAUCGAAAAGCAGCCCCAGAAUCGAGCGUGGAUCUGGUGACAGCCGCCCAAGCCGCACAUUGGUUCGACCUACCGAUAUUUUACGAGCAAGUGAGGAGGGUGCUGAAAAAACCACAUGGGGUCAUCGCGGCCUGGUGCUAUACACUCCCAGAGGUCAAUCCGAAAAUGGACACGGUUCUCCGGAAGUAUAACGAGAACCCUUACGGAGAUCCGAGGAAAAAAAUCGCGCAUGAUGGGUACAAGGAUCUCGAGUUCCCUUUUCAACCUUUGCAUGGACUCGAUGGGACUGGACCGUUUCAUUUCAAGAAUGAGAAAACGAUGAACCUGGAUGAUUAUUUCGUUUUUUUGAAAUCCAGGUUCGCGUAUCAAAAAGCUAAAGACCAAGGUGUAGAGCUUCUGAAUCAGGAGAUGAUUGAAGAGUUUCGGCGCGCUUGGAGUGCGGAUGGAAAUGCAGACUCCAAAUCGGUCAGAUGGCCAGUAUAUUUGAGGAUAGGGAGAGUGGGGACGUAACAUCUAAUCAGUUUUUAAGGAUCAUUUGGAAAUAACUACAAUACACGACUUUUUUAAGAC